UCACAGCCAGUCAUUAGUGUACUUGCGGUGUGACGAUAAGUUACUGUUAUCGAAACACUGUCAAACAUUGUCUCUGCUGAUUGAAUUUUUCUAAUAAUCCUACAAAGAUGGCCAGAGGAAGUCGCAGUCGCCCUUCAGCGCCAGCAAGUGCUCCAGCUCCAUCUUACACACCAGCUCCAGCUCCUCCUCCUCCAGCAGCACUGGCUCCGGCUCCAGCCCAGCCCAAGCAGCCCGGGCUCAUGGCCCAGAUGGCCUCUACCGCUGCCGGGGUGGCGGUUGGCUCGGCCGUGGGACACGUGAUGGGCAGUGCUCUCACAGGUGCCUUCAGUGGAGGCAGCAGUUCUGAGCCAGCCAAACCCACCAGCACACACCAGGAGCCCCCCCGCGCCGCACCCCCCCAGCCUGGUCCAUGUCAUUUUGAGGUGAGGCAGUUCCUUGACUGCGCGACCACACAGGCAGACCUCAGCUUAUGUGAAGGAUUCAAUGAGGCACUCAAACAAUGCAAAUACACACACGGAGUGACAUCUCUGGUGUGACAGUGAAACGGGACCACAAUCUCAGAAAACACUGAAUGUAGACAGGAAGUGUACUGGUCAAGAAUUACUAACUCUCCAGUAGUUAAGCUGUAUCAGUUUUGUUUGUGGAUGUGAAAUGCAUUUCUUUGAAUGUGUGAUUAUGUGUAUGGGAUUGCAAAAUAAAAGCGCUACUAUUUACUUUUA